AUGUAUCACAAUCGGCAAGAGGUUCAGAGACAUGCAAAAGCUUUUCCACUAAAAAAACCGGUGCAAUGUUAUUCCCAUAGUGUGUUAACGUUUGGAGAUGUUAUAUCGUAUUAUGGGCUAUGUCAGUCUGAAUGUGUCACGGAAUGCAGCUCAUUUGUAUCGUAUUGCGUCGGAACAUCACCACUUAUUGUCUGUCAGCUGAAUAUCUUCGUAUUCCUUGUCUGCAUUUUCUUGGCAGUUUUUACAGGCGUGGUGAUCCCCAUACUCUGUCUUUUGUGUUACGUAACAAACUGGUGUGCGGAAGUGAAGCGAAUUUGGCGAGCAGGCCGAUCCACCGAUGAGGAGCUGGUGAAGCUGAAUCCGAGGAGUGUCCAAGUAUCUAUCUCCGAAUCGGGUACUCCAAUUGUGUCCGUUCAGCCUGUCACGCCUCAUCGAAAGCCGGUCCUGUUCAAAGGUGCCACAUCAGUUGCCUGA